AAAAUAAAUCCAGAUUAAAAUGUGGAGAUAAAGUAGUCCCGGCCCAACCUUCCCUCCAGCCAGCAGGGGGCGGAUGUGCCUAACCAACGACCAACACAACCCCUAAAGAAGAAGACGAAGAAGAAGCAGAAGAGGCUAGUGGGCUAGCCUAGCUGCGGGCUUUAUUUAGGUGAAUAUGGCUGCUGUGCUUCCCGUCAGACCGCCCUGUGACAGCAACCCCACUACUCCUGGAGCCCAGUCCGUGAAGGAGGAUGUAAUAGAAGAGGAGUCCAACGAUGGCAGCCAGCCACCCAAAAGAAGGAGAAUGGGUUCAGGAGACAGCUCUCGGAGCUGUGACACCUCCAGUCAAGACCUUGGUCCGACAUAUUUCCCAGCAGAGAACCUGACAGAGUACAAGUGGCCUUCAGAUGACACGGGAGAGUAUUACAUGCUGCAGGAGCAGGUCAGCGAGUAUCUGGGCGUCACGUCCUUCAAGAGGAAGUACCCUGAUAUGGAGAGAAGAGACUUGUCUCACAAAGAGAAGCUUUACCUGCGUGAACAGAACGUCAUUACUGAAACACAGUGUACUCUGGGUCUGACAGCUCUGCGGAGUGACGAGGUGAUAGAUCUGAUGAUAAAGGAGUAUCCCAUCAAACACUCUGAGUAUUCUGUCAUACUGCAGGAGAGAGAGCGACAGAGAAUAGCUAAAGAAUACUCUCAAAUGCAGCAGCAGAACCCUCAGAAGGUGGAGGCCAGCAAGGUUCCUGAGUACAUUAAGAAGGCGGCUAAAAAAGCUGCAGAGUUCAAUAGUAACUUCAACAGGGAGCGUAUGGAGGAGAGGAGAGCUUACUUUGACCUACAGACACAUAUUAUCCAGGUGCCCCAGGGCAGGUUCAAGGUGCUGGCUCCAGAUCUGACAAAGACGGGGCCUUACCCUGUAGCUCUCAUACCAGGACAGUUCCAAGACUACUACAAAAGGUACUCUCCCAACGAGCUGCGAUACCUGCCAUUAAACACAGCUCUGUUUGAGCCUCCACUGGAUCCAGAGCUCCCAGCGCUGGACUCCGAACCAGACUCUGAUGACGCAGAGGAUGGCAAGGGUGACAAAAAGAACAAGAACUCAUCUGACAGUUCUUCAGGCAACGCGUCAGAUGUGGAGAGCCAAGAGGGAGGAGGGAAAGUGGGCCAAAAGUCCAAGGCCAAAGACAGGACGUCCACGCCGGGAAAAGACGGCAGCCAGCGCCAUUCUGCCUCCCACAAAGCCACCCCAGGGUACAAGCCUAAGGUCAUUCCCAAUGCUAUAUGUGGCAUUUGCCAGAAGGGUAAAGAGGCCAACAAGAGGGGCAGGCCAGAGGCGCUCAUUCACUGCUCCCAAUGUGAUAACAGCGGCCACCCGUCCUGCUUGGACAUGAGCAAGGAGCUGGUGGGAGUGAUCCAGACGUACCGCUGGCAGUGUAUGGAGUGUAAGACGUGCACCGUGUGUCAGCAGCCGCACCACGAGGACGAGAUGAUGUUCUGUGACAAAUGUGACCGAGGGUAUCACACGUUCUGCGUGGGCAUGGACUCUAUUCCUACCGGCCUUUGGGUAUGUGAGGUUUGCGACAAAGACUUCACCACACCCAAGAAGAAGGGAGGAGCGAAAACGCCCAAGAAGUCCAAGUCGGCUCAAAAAUGAUCAGCAGCAUCAUUAACCACAAUACCUUCACCAAAUUCUACAAAAAUGCACAUUGUGGUAUUUGUCAAUCAUUUGCAGAUGCUAUACAUUAAAAAUAAAAACAUCAGAUCACCGUCAUUAGGUAGUCCUAUAAUUUGAAUCACAAUCAGUUAGGAAACACAGAAUUUACUUGCCAUCUCCAAAUCAAACUUUGAAUAAUGUUUGCGAUACCUCAAAUGUUCAUGGUCAACAUAAUCCAGAUUAAGCAUUAAUUGUGGCAUAGCAACUCUUGUUUUGUGAUGGUAGUCAUUGACAUCAGACAUAAAUAAUGUAAACAGACAAGCUGUAAAUCAAAUCCAUCCGAAUGUGCUGCACCAAAUCAUGUGAUCUGCUAACUACUAACAGCAUCAGUGCAUUCCUACUUUAUUAAACUGAUUAAUCUUGUAGUUUCCGUUUUACAACAUUUCUGCAGUGGGGAAUUUGUUUCAGUUAAAGAAAUGGUGCUUUUGAUCCGGUACUACUGAAACAAUCAAUAGCUCACUGAUGUAAGUCAGUUACUUUCAAAACAACAUAUGUGUAUGGCUUUGUAUUUCUGGUACUUCAUAUGAACAUUUAUUUCAUGAGGCAGGCCAGUAAAGAGCAACCUUAUUUAAACUAAGUCUUAAAUGAUGACGUGGUGCUUGUGGUUCUACAUAAUGACAUGUAAUAGACACUGGCUGUGGUAGACCUCAUGGCUGCAGCAGGUAUUUAUUUGUCAGUCUUGAUUACUGAAAGAUAGUGUCUCACACACACAGACGUAACCACUCACUGCAAAUACAUUGGAAUUCAAUAUCCAUCAGCUAUGAUUAGAUAACUGAUAUUUUGCAGUAAACUUGAAAUAUUUGUUUUCUGUUCUUUUUUAAUAUUUUGUAUUAACCCUCAGUUAGUGGUUUGUUUUAAGACAUAUUUUUUGGUAAUAAUGUCAUAGUCACUGAAUUAUGUUUUUUGU